GGAUGCCAUUAUUAUCGAAGUACGAGAGAGGGGGACGGAUGGGUCGUUUUCUGGUAUACAGGGGCUGUUCCUCAGUUUCUUUCUUUGGCUCACAAAAAUCCAAGAAUACAAAGGGAACUCACUAAAGUCAGUUUGUAUUUGAGAAGGGAAACACCAAAGUCAUGCAUGUCAGGUUGGCUGUAGACCCAGAAAGUUAAAGAGAGAAAAUCUUUAACUUUGCAAAGAAAUAAAGAAAGAAAAAUGGUGAGGUGAGGUGGGAAGUGGGGGCCUAGUGGUUUUUGGUUUCUCUCUUCUUUGAAAGAAACCUUGCUCUUUUUCUUUCUCCAGCCCAACAAAGUAAAAUUGUUUUUCUUUUUUCCUUGUUGCCAAAGUGAAUAAGGACACUUUGUUAAAACCCAAUCGCUAGAUUUAUAUAAUCAAAGGUUUUUGACAAAUCUACAGUGAGAGAUUGGUGGUGGUGGUGGUGGGGGCGGUGGUGCUGAUUCAAAGGAAAAUAGGAGAGAUAGGGGUGGGGAACAUUCUGAGAUUUGGCUGUUUGUGGGUGUAUAGGCUGUGGUGCCCGUCAAAAGAUUACAUGACGAACAGCUCAUCUUUUUGAUGGGAAGUUUUUGGUUUUUGUUGGGUGGAUUUUGUGUGUUGCUGUGGUGUGCCCAUUGAUGCUUAUUUGAUUCUUCUUUAAUACUUGGCUAAUUGGUAAGAAACACAAGGUCCUUUUCUUUACGACAAAUUUCUGGGCCGUUUCUAGAGACACAUCUUCAAGGUGUUUGUAGCUUAAAUUGCAGAGCCGAAAGGGUAUUUUGAUUUGUAAAAGGAAUUUGCAUUCUGGGGUUCGGGUAUUAAGGCUUUGUGGACCAGAAGAAAAGGUCUCUUAGUAGUGUGUGAGAUCCACUGUUAAAAGAAAAGCAAAAGCAAGAAAGAGGUGCAUAAACAAAUGAUACAAGGACAGUGGUGUCAGUUUAGAGUAAGGGGGGGAGUCUUUCAUGCUUUAGUUUAGGCAACGUAUCCUUUGUUAAUCUUCUUAGUCCUGGGUCGUCGGAUUCUGUUAACAAUUCAAGAAGCAAGCUCACUUCACUUUGUCAGCGAUCACACUCUCCUCCAUUUAGUCAUUUCUCUCUUUCCCACUUUGGCGUUUGGGCAAGAUUUCGGUCACAUUAAGAACUCAUCAUCAGGCUUUCUUUGAUCCAUUCUCUUUGACUUAAACAGCUGGUUAAUUUUAGGAGUUAAAUAUCAUUUCUGGGUGUUUUUCCCCUUUCCCCUUCUUUCUUUUCUUCCUUGAAGUCUUCGGUGUGGUUUUGCUUCUCUAAUUGUUGGUUUGGUAGAAGUUGGAAAUCAGAUUCUUGAAGGGGAAACAGAGGUGCUGAUCUUUAUUUGGCAAAAUGAAGUUCAUGAAACUUGGAUCGAAGCCUGACUCGUUUCAGCCGGAUGGGGACAAUAUUAGGCUUGUAGCAACUGAGCUGGCGACUGAUAUAGUUAUUAGUGUUGGAGAUGUGAAAUUCUAUCUGCACAAGUUUCCGCUGCUGUCCAAAAGUGCGCAUCUGCAGAAGCUGGUUGCAAACACAAACGAUGAGAAUAUCGAUGAAAUUCACAUCCAGGAUAUUCCUGGUGGACCUGCUGCUUUUGAGAUAUGUGCAAAGUUUUGUUAUGGUAUGACAGUCACUCUUAAUGCAUACAAUGUGGUUGCAGCUCGAUGUGCAGCGGAGUACCUUGAAAUGUAUGAAACUGUUGAGAAAGGAAACCUCAUCUACAAGAUUGAAGUCUUCCUUAAUUCUAGCAUCUUCCGCAGUUGGAAAGACUCAAUUAUUGUUCUUCAAACCACAAAGUCCCUUCUUCCCUGGGCUGAGGAGUUAAAGCUGGUCAGCCAUUGCCUGGAUUCAAUAGCUUCAAAGGCUUGCAUUGAUACUUCCAAGGUGGAAUGGUCAUACACAUAUAAUAGGAGAAAGCUCCCAUCUGAGAAUGGGAAGGAUCCCAUCUGGAAUGGUGUAAGAAAACCCCAAACAGUUCCUAAAGAUUGGUGGGUAGAAGAUCUCUGUGAGCUUCAGAUUGAUUUAUAUAGAAGGGUAAUUACAACAAUCAAAACAAAAGGAAGAGUCUCUGGUGAUGUUAUUGGAGAAGCCCUGAAUGCAUAUGCCUUGAGAAGAUUGCCAGGUUUUAGUAAGGGAAUAGUACAGAGCAGUGACAUCAUGAAAUAUAGAUCACUGGCAGAAGCCAUUGUGUGGCUACUGCCAACAGAGAAAGGCAGUGUUCCCUGCACUUUUAUGCUUAGGUUGUUAAGAGCAGCGUUUCUGUUAGAAUGUGGGGAGAUGGAAAAAAACGAACUGAUGAAAAGGAUUGGCCAGCAGCUAGAGGAUGCUACAGUGGCUGAUCUUUUGAUUCAUGCCUCAGCAGGGGAAACAACAAUGUAUAAUGUUGAUAUUGUGCAAAGCUUAGUAGAGGAGUUUGUGACAAAUAAGCAGAAUGCUCAGAGUGAUUUUCUCAUGGAAAAUGAGUACCAGGAGAGUAGAAGCCCAAAGUUAGGAUCAGAUGCUUCCAAGAUGCAAGUAGCAAAGUUGGUGGAUGGCUAUCUUGCUGAAAUUGCACGAGAUCCCAAUCUACCUCUUUCAAAGUUCGUCAAUCUUGCAGAAAUGAUCUCGAGUUUCCCAAGACCAUUGCAUGAUGGACUUUAUCGUGCCAUUGAUAUGUAUCUUAAGGAACACCAAGGGAUUAGCAAGAGUGAGAGAAAGAGAAUAUGCAGAUUGAUGGAUUGCAGGAAGUUGUCGGGGGAAGCCUGCAUGCAUGCUGUGCAAAAUGAGCGGCUUCCCUUGCGGGUGGUUGUGCAGGUCCUCUUCUUUGAGCAGGUUAGGCAAGCAACAUCAACUGCUGGCAACAGCACACCAGAACUACCUAGAUCCAUUAGGGCAUUACUCCCUGGCGGAUCUCAUGAGAGCUCAAGGUCUAAUACAACCAACACAGAAGAGGAAUGGGAUGCUGUGCCGACAGCCGAAGAUAUAAUGGCUUUGAAAGGUGAACUUGCUACCCUACGAUUAGGCAGGAGUGAUAGAAAUCUGAAUGAUGGUGUUAAAAAUGAUGUUGAAAAAGCUACAGCCAAUAAAAUGAGAGGUUUAGUAAUGUCGAAGAUCUUCACAAAGCUCUGGUCAAGCAAAGAACGAAAUGGUGAGAUUAGCAGCUCUGAUACAUCAGAGAGUCCUGGUUCUGCUACUGCAGAAGAAACAAAAUCCACUCCUUCCAGAAGCAGGAGGCAUUCUGUAUCGUAGCCACAAAUGCACAUGAGCUGAACUAGAUUAUGGAUCUCUUGGCUUGUAAAAUUAUCGCUUAAUUGACCAUCAGGAAAUUAGAAGAACCCACUUCGUCCAGUUGUUUUUUUGCUGGAAUUUUUCAUGCAAAAUAGGCAAAUUUGAAGGGAAUGGGAACUGAUUUCUCUGUGAUGUUACUAUCAA